AGAUGUAUAUAUGUAUUAAAUAUUUAUCUAUAAAAUAAAUAAAUAAAUAAAUAGAUCGCUUUCACCGGCCCUCGUUCCAGUAGCAGCCGUCGGUCUAUGGUAGGUGGGUUGUGGUGGCCAACGUGUCGGUCCCACCACUGCCCCUGUCGAUGGCCGAAUCGCGACAAGAAAGAGGCGGCGAAGAAGCAUUCGAAAUCCACGGCUGUCAGCGGCUUCAGCGGGCACUGAGCGAGUGCUACCGACGGAUUCCGUUAGGGCGAGCGCGGGACUCGGCCUGCCGUCACCUGAACAGGGCUCUGGCAGAGUGCCUGGUUUCGACGGCUUGUCCAGAACAGUACGAGGCUGUGAAGAGCCUAUGUUCCAGCUCCGGAACCGCUUUGAAACGAUCUCAGUGUCAAGAGGCUCAGCUCUCCCUCUCUGUCUGCCUUUCUUACCAUCAAAAUCAAAUCUCCCCCUGACAUCCGACAAUUUUCCCUACUGAGUUUCUUAUUACUUUUUUAAUUAGCAACAUUUUAUGCAAUUAUCGAUUUCUUAUUAAAUAUUUUGUUUAGGUCGUUAGUAAUUAUGCUUUCUUUAUGUUAUUCUGAUUUUCACCUUACAUCGUCAAGUGUGGACAAUACCGAAUUCAUUCUUCAUUAUUUCCCUAAAUUUUUAAUUUCUAAUCAUAUUCUACAAAA